AUGAGUUCAACCUCAGAGUAUCUAGAGCAUGGUCUCUCCACUCACAUGGCCAACAAGCUUCCCAAAUUGGCGCCACUGGGAUUUUUAUCAUAUGUUGCACCGCCAGAUAUAAUACGUCUAGAGCAAGCCGAGAAUCGUUUACUAAGACCUCAACUGCUGAGCAUAUGUAAAGAUGCUUUGAAUGAAAGUCUGAGCGAAGAUAGUUUCCUCUACCCUACAGGUCUUGGCGGCGAAGCAGCAAUGCGAAAAGGAUUCGCUUCAUUCUUCAAUACAUAUUUCAACCCUUCAUUAAAGGUAGAAGAAGAUCACAUCUCGACGGGUAGUGGUUGCGCAAGUGUUCUUGAUUCACUGAUGUACUCUAUUUGUGAUGAGGGAGACAUUGUAUUGGCGUUUGCUCCAGUUGCCCGAACUUUCGAUAUUUUCACCAGUCUCCAUGCACCCGCCACCAUUCUCACCAUACCUUCACCAAACUUCCGCAACAUCGUGGAUUCGGACUCUGUCGAUCGUCUAAUCACCACCUACAACGCAUGUCCCACUCAGUCCCGUAUCAAAGCUCUUUUAAUGUGUAACCCUCACAACCCUGGAGAUAACAUUUAUGCCCCAGAGACUCUUCGCAAACUGAUGGACUUCUGUCAUGAAAAACAAAUUCAUUACAUAUCCGACGAAAUUGGUGCUCUCUCAGCAUUUAAUACAGGUCCCGAGAAGCCCUUUACCUCUGCUUUAAGCUUGGUAGAGGAAGGAAAGGGAAUCGAUCGGAGUAGAGUCCAUGUUAUGUGGAGUCCAAGUAAAGAUUUCGGUUGUGCUGGUAUGAGAGUGGUGAGUCAAAUACUUUCUACCCUUCAUGUAAUAAUGAGAUUGAGACAACUGGCUUAUAGUGAUCAGGGAUGUAUCGUAUCACAAGCGAAUAAGCCUUUACUUUAUGGAAUAUCAUAUUCGAAUGUCUGGCAAGUUUCAACGCCAAGCAGCUUGUGUAUGACCGCGAUUCUUACGUCACCGCAACUUCCGGCUCUUGUAGAAGCUAAUAAGGAAGGAUUAAGAGAUUCAUAUGACUUAUUGACAUCUACUUUGAAAGAUUGGAACAUAGAUUACGUUCCUGUAAAAGUAGGAAUUAUGAUCUUUGUUAGAAUAGCAGCAGAUGCAAAGAACUCACAAGACGAGAUGGCAGUCUUGGUAAAGUUGAGGGACGAAGGAGUUUUGAUGUCGCCAGGAGGGGGGUAUUUAGGCUCUUACGGCGAAUUUGGAUGGGCAAGAUUGACAUUUGCUGUGAAGCGGGAAGUUAUGGUGGAGGCACUUGACAGGAUGAAGAAAGUCUUGAGGCCAACUCCAGUCGCUUGA